AUGCAGUGGAAGUCACUCCUUCUUUACGGUGCCAUCGCCGAAUCGGCCCUGGCUCGCACCCACGGCCACCAGCGCCGUCACCCCCACGGCCACGGCCAUGCCGAACGUGCCCCGGAGGCACACCUGGCUGCCCGUGAAGUGGUCGUGGAGACUGUGGUCAACUACCACACCAUCACGCUCACCAGCACUGUCACUGGUGCAGCACCCACCGUCACUACCCACGAGGAAGCCGCUACCACCACCGCCGAAGCCGCCGCCACCACCUCCGCCAGCGAUGCCGCCGCUUUCGUCGAACUCGAUCUCAACGAGGAUCUCGCCAUCAGCGCUAGCCUGAGCCUUGGCCUCUCCAUCGGUGGCUCCGAAGCGACCACCACCACCUUCAGCACCAGCACCCACACCAAGACCCAUGCUCACACCACUACCACGACCUCCUCCUCCACCGCAGCUAGCAGCAGCGCCGCCGGCGUCAGCUCAGCGUGGUAUACGUACCCGACCAGCGGCGUGUACUCGACCAGCGGGUUCGGCGAACGCAGCAACACCACGAGCAGCAGCGGCGACACCUACGUGGGCAACGUGGGUGUGCCGUGGGGCAGCAACAUCAUCGAGGUGAGCGCCAGCGAGGCGUGGCAGUACAAGUACGUGGUGCAGUUCACGGGACAGAACAGCGCGGACUGGUUCGUGAGCAUCUGGAACAAGAUCGGGCCCGACGGGGCGGACGACGGGUUUUUCGGUCACUCGGCCCUGAACUUCACGCUGUCCUCGGGCGAGACGCGCUACGUUGCCUUCGACGAGAACUCGCAGGGCGGUUGGGGCGCCGCCGAGGGCGACAGUCUUCCCACCAACGACUACGGCGAGUACUCGUGCACCUGGGGCGAGUUCGACUUCGGCGACGAGGAGAACGACAGCUGGUCCGGCUGGGACGUCAGUGCCAUCGUCGCUGAGGAGGCCGACCAGACCAUCCAGGGUAUGAAGCUCUGCCGCCACGGCACCACCACCGGCUGCUCGUACAUCACCUCCGGCGGCGAUACCGUCGAGAACGCCUACACCCCCUCCGAGAGCUCCGUUGGUGGCAUCGGAGGCUCUGUCACUGCUGGCCCCUUGCGUCUCGCUGCUACCCUCGCCGCCAUCACCGUCGUGCCGUUGAUGCGAGGUCAAUGGGUUGUGCUGUGCGCACGACGCGGCGUCUUCGGAGCAGUUGCGAUAACGGCGACUCGCCGAGCCGCAACAUCAUGUCCACUAUGUUACCCAUCUAGAACAUCUAGAGCAACCAUCCACCUCUCCAGGCCUACUCCCAGAAUCAAACACCGGCUUAUCAAACAGCUCACUCAACCAUCUAACCCAGCCUCAAAACGCACCUUCUUCACCACCACCCUCCCCCCAAUUCUCAUCCCACCAACCAUCUUCCUCGGCCUCCUCCUCGGCCUCUGGACCUGGAAAUGCUUCUGGAUCGUCCUCCUGCAAGAUAAACUCCUCUACCUCUCCUGGCUCCCACCGCUCUCCCGCUCCGAGACCAUCGCCGCCUACGAACCCGAAUGCCGUCCCGUGCAAUGGACCACGCAGCAGAUCCGCAGCCUGGACGGCACGAAACUCACCGUCUGUGAGGGCCGUCUCCCCCGACGACAACAGCCCCCGAAAAAGACAGUAGUCAUCUGCUACUUCCAGGGUAACGGCGGCUCCACCCCGCUGCGCCUGCCGCUACUCUCGCAGACCCUGCGGGCGCUGUCCAACGGCCCGCCUAGUUCUGGGUUUCCAGAACCAGAACCAGAGGUCGAGUACAUCACCACCGCCCUCUCCUACCGCGGCUACUGGACCUCGUCCGGCCGCGCCUCGCAGAGGGGGAUCGAGCGCGACGCCCAGGCGUUCCUGGCGUGGGUGAUGCAGACCUACACGGCACCGGACCGAGAGGUCCGCGUGGUCCUGUGGGGUCACAGUCUGGGCUCCGCGGUUGCGACCACCGCGCUGGCGACGUACCUCGACAAUGGGGGUGCGGUGGCAUCCACGACUACUCGAAAGCUCAGUCCCGCGGACGCUGACGUCGCGGCAACUCGAGCUUCAUCCACCCCCAUCACAGGACUGAUCAUGGAGGCGCCCUCCUCCAGCGUCAAGGAGAUGCUUAUCAGCCUGUAUCCGCAGAAGUGGCUGCCGUAUCGAUAUCUGUGGCCGUUCCUGUGGAAUCACUGGGACAGUGUGCUCGCGUUGCGGCGGAUGGUGGCGUGGCGCGAUGGGGUCGCUGUUUCUGAGGAUGGCGAAGAGAAUGAUGCGUCUGACAGGAUUCAGACAGCUCCGGGUGAUGAUGCAACGGCAGGUUUAAGUCCACAUCCACCAGAGAGGAGAGUGAUACCGCCCAUUCUGCUGCUCACUGCUACGAACGAUGAGGUGAUCCCUCCAGAGGCGGCGGGGCAGUUGGAGGCAGAGGCCAGGAGGUUGGGCAUCGAGAUGGUGAGGACGGAUGUGCCCGGGGCGAUGCAUACCGAAGCACCAGUGCGACCGGCGGGAAGGAAGGCGUUGGUAGAGUUUAUUCGGGCGAGGAGUUGA